AUGUUGUGCGAGUUGCAAGCUGGGCCAGACUUUUUUGUCAUGGCGUAUGACGCGGCAACUGGAUUCGUGAAGCUCCCCAUUUUUGAUGCGCAGUCAUCUUGCACUAUCAUUGAUGCAUUGCAAUCGUUCCAUGCAGACAAGCAAAUUGAGCUGUUGAAAAUAAACGCUCACCAUACUCAAGCCACAACUCCCAGCUGCUAACGUUUAUUUGCUGUAAGUUUGACUGCUUUAAGUCUGGAACGAUAUUAGACAAGCGCUAAAGGACCGGAGCGACUCAGAGCGAGCGACGACAGGACUGGUAUCAUCCGUCUCCGCCACCAAGAGCAGGCGCAGCCGCGCACUGCCGCGUGCUGUCUGUCUUCAAAGGAGCUGGGGCCAGAGCUGAGCGGCGCACCACGGGCCCGAACCAGACCGCCCUCGAGCAGCGAGUGAACUAGCACAGCCACAGAUCCGCACAGACGCAAUCACAGCUACAGUAGCAACCGCAGCCGCAGUCACAGCUAGGGGUGAAGGCGGCACGGCGGUUUGAGGAGCGUGGAGGAGGCAGCCUGGGCCGCUCGUGAGGCCUUGGACACAAUCCUCGCCACGUACGCAACCAGAGCCGGCUGAUUCACCAAGCCCACAGCUGGUUACUCUGCCUUAGCAAAGUAGCUGUGAAGCGGACGAUCACUGAAACCCCGACAAGGAAAGGGGAGUAUGCCGCUGCUGUCGAUGUUCAAAGCGCUGCCGGCCGUGGCUGCGGCCGGCGCACUGGCGGCGGUCAGCGGCGCCGGCUACUUGCUCACACAGCAGCAGCAGCACCUGUGGGGCGGCAGCGGGCGGCCCGAGGGCGAUGACGACCUGGAGCUGCUGGAGCGCCCGCCGCCCAGGCCCGCCCAGCUGGAGCGGCUGCGCGGCAGCAGUCGCGACCGGCCCUUUGACCUGCUAGUCAUUGGCGGCGGGGCCACGGGGUCGGGCUGCGCGCUGGACGCGGUGACACGGAUGGCGUUGCGGCUGGCGUCUGGUUGGAAGUUGAGCCAGAUGGAGUGGACCAGCGGCGGCGGCGCCGCCGCCGGGGCCCUGGGGGAGGCGGCGGAGGAGCCGGCUGCGCCGCCCGAGCCAGGCGCCUGGGCUGCCGCCCCGCCGGGUGCUUCUUCGGAGAGGCACGGCGCCAUGGGCUGCCCGGGCGGCCCCGCCAGGUUCCACAGCGCCCGACACAGCUGCAGCACCGACGCCAGGGCCCGGUCGGCGGCGGAGGCGGCGGCGGCGGCGGCGGGGGAGGAGAAGUCGGUGCCGGGUGGCGGCGGCGGCGCGUUCAGCACCAGGACCACCUGCGCGUGCGGCGUGCUGGACUACCGGCAGCUGCGGCUGGUGUGGGAGGCGCUGCACGAGCGGGCCGUGAUGCUGGCGCUGGCGCCGCACCUGGCGCACCCGCUGCCCAUCCUCACGCCGUGCUACAAGUGGUGGGAGGUGCCGUACUACUGGGCCGGACUCAAGGCCUACGACCUGGUGGCUGGCCGCCGCAGUCUGGUGCUGAGCCGCUACGUGGCGCCCACGGAGGCGCUGGGGCUGUUCCCCACACUGGCGCAGAAGCAGCCCGACACCGGGCGGCAGCUCAAGGGCGCGAACCCCGACGGCAAGGUGGUGGGUGCGGUGGUCCAGGACCGGCUGGGCCAAGAGCCGGCGUUCGAGGUGUACGCGCGUGUGGUCAUGAACACCACAGGCUGCUUCUCAGACCAGGUGCGCCACAUGUCCCAGCCCGACGCGCCCGACAUCAUCCAGCCCUCCUCCGGCGCGCACGUGACGCUGCCGGCCUGGUACGCCGGCACCCACAGCAACGGACUCAUCAUCCCCAAGACCAAGGACGGCCGCGUGGUGUUCAUGAUCCCCUUCCUGGGGCACGUGAUCGCGGGCACCACCGACUCCCGCUGCGCCGUCACGGCGCGCCCCACCGCCAGCAGCCAGGAGGUGGGCUUCAUCCUGGAGGCGCUGCAGGACUACCUGGACAUCCAGGUCCGCCCCUCCGACGUGCUGUCCACCUGGUCGGGCAUCCGGCCGCUGGCCGCGGACCCGCGGGCCAAGGACACGCAGAACACCGUGCGGGACCACGUGAUCAUCGAGGAGUCGGACGGCAUGAUCACCGUCAGCGGCGGCAAGUGGACCACUUACCGCUCCAUGGCUGAGGAGGCGGUGGACCUGGCGCUGGCCACGGGCCGCAUGCCGCCCAACGCCCGGCCGCACAGCCGCACCGCCCGCCUGCCGCUGCUGGGCGGCGCGGGCUAUAGCCACACACUGCCGCAGCAGCUGGCACAGGAGCACGGGCGGGCCGUGGCGGAGGCGGCCGGCGGCGCGGGCGCGGCGGCGGCGGCGGCGGCGGCGGCCAAGGCAGGCGCGGGCCGCGGCUCGGGGUCGGGCCGUGUGGUGAUUGAUGAGGCCACUGCGGCACACCUGGCGCAGGCGUACGGCAGCAGGGCGGGCCGCGUGCUGCAGACUGCGGAGGACCGGGGCCUGGGCUCGCGGCUGGUGGCGGGGCACCCGUUCCUGGAGGCGGAGGUGGUGUACGCGGUGCGUCACGAGUACUGCCACACGCCGGAGGACUUCCUGGCUCGCCGCACACGCCUGGCCUUCCUGGACGCGCGGGCGGCGCUGAGCGCACUACCGCGGGUGGUGGACAUCAUGGCGGCCGAGUGCGGCUGGGACGCGGCGCGCCGCUCCGCCAUGUCGGCCGCCGCGCGCGACUACCUGUCCACCUACCUGCCAACACCGGCGGCGGCGCCAGCGGCUCCGGAGCCCGCCGUGGCAGCCUCAGCCGUCGCGGCGGCCGCACCCGCGCCCGCGGCGUGAGAGCAGGUCCGCAGUGGAUGGCGUGGGCAAGCAGGUGUGGGGCAGGCUGCUGGGGCAGGUAGAGCGCUGCCGCGACGCAGGGCGCAGUUGCGUUCUGGUGAUGCGCCGUUGGGCUUUGCAAUGCUGGGGGGCACUGCGGACUGUGCACACUUAAUUUGUAGCGCCUCGCCAAUGGCAAAAUGUAUGGAGAGCGAGCCAGCCAUUGUUUCGUGCUGCAGGUGCAUUGCGGAGGGUUGGUAGUGGAUAGCGUACGUAGCGAGAUGCGGAAGUAUUAUACUUGCUGGUCAAUAGCCAUGCAGUCCUCCCUGCCACAAGAUAUGCAUUUCAGCAUUUGUGAUUGUUCGUUCAGCGGCUUGAGCAGCAGCAUAUUCUGAGAUUCACGCACUGCAUUCGGAAGCGUGUUGCCGGCUGCUAGCCUGUGUUCUGCAUGAUUCUUUCCUACAUUCUUUGGGCCAGGGGCACGCCUAAGGUGCGCAGAGAAGAGGCCGGUGGGGGCGCAUUUAGAGAGCAUGGGCAGGCUGCGUAACCUCAGCUGUGCAUUGCGCAGGGGUGCAACUCGGACACGCCGUGCGACUUACUGCACACGCAGUCGUGGCACCAUGCUCUCUUAGCACGUGGCUUGUGGAUGAGGUUGCUGUCGUGAAAGUGUCGCCGCAGCACGGGCUGCACGGCGUGAGCGGCGGCCGGUCGUUGCCGUGCAACGAGUGACCUGAGUGGCGGUUGGCAAUAAACAAGAAAGGGGCAGGGUCUUGCAUCGAGGCGUGGAUUGAGGACGCACGAGGAUUGUAAAACAAAGGGCGA